AUGAACUCGCUUCGAUCCCUCACCCGCGCCGCCGUUCCGGCCAUCAGGCAGGCAACCGCUCCCUCGAUUGCCAUCCCCAACGCCUCCCAGAUCCUCCGACCGGCCACCACCCUCGCCGCCGGCACCCCCAAGAUCUCCAAGGGUCCUACCAAGUACGGAGGCGUCUACACCGUCACCCUCAUCCCCGGUGAUGGUGUCGGUGUCGAGAUCACCGACUCGGUCAAGGAGAUCUUCGAGGCCAUGAACGUCCCCGUCGAGUGGGAGCAGUUCAACGUCUCCGGCGAGACCCACGGCUCCGAGGCCCUCUUCAAGGAGGCCAUGGAGUCGCUCAAGAGGAACAAGGUCGGCCUCAAGGGCAUCCUCUUCACGCCGCUCGAGUCGGGCUCGCACAACUCGUGGAACGUCGCCAUGCGCCAGCAGCUCGACAUCUACGCCUCGCUCGUCGUCUGCAAGUCGCUCCCCGGAUACCCCACUCGCCACAAGGACGUCGACUUCGCCAUCAUCCGCGAGAACACCGAGGGAGAGUACUCGGGCCUCGAGCACUCGUCCUACCCCGGCGUUGUCGAGUCGCUCAAGGUCUCGACCCGCGCAAAGGCCGAGCGCAUCUCGCGCUUCGCCUUCGACUUUGCCCUCAAGAACGGCCGCAAGAAGGUCACCUGCGUUCACAAGGCCAACAUCAUGAAGCUCGGCGACGGCCUCUUCCUCAACACCUUCCGGAGGGUCGCCGAGGAGUACAAGAGCAGCGGCAUCGAGAGCAAUGACAUGAUUGUCGACAACACCUCGAUGCAGCUCGUCUCGCGCCCCCAGCAGUUCGACGUCAUGGUCAUGCCCAACCUCUACGGCAACAUUGUCUCCAACAUCGGCGCUGCCCUCGUCGGCGGGCCUGGUACCGUCCCCGGCUGCAACAUUGGCCGCGAGUACGCCCUCUACGAGCCUGGCUGCCGUCACGUCGCCAAGGACAUCAUGGGCACCAACGCCGCCAACCCGGCCGCCAUGAUCCUCAGCGCCACCAUGAUGCUGCGUCACCUCGGCCUCGAUACCCAGGCCAACCAGAUCGCCGAGUCCGUCUACAAGGUCAUCCUCGACGGCAAGGUCCGGACCGCCGACAUGGGUGGCAAGUCCAAGACCCACGAAUUCACCCAGGCCGUCCUCUCCAACCUCUAG